CGGCGAAGCGGAGGCGGAGCUGCCUCGUCGCCGGCGCCCUUCUCCUCCUUCUCGGUGCGCGGCCAAGAGGCGCGGGGGUGGCGGGCAGUCAGCCCAACUCUGGCCGGAGAGAUGCUGCUGUCGCUGGUGUUGCACACCUACUCCAUGCGCUACGUGCUGCCCACCGCCCUGAUGAUGGGCACCGCGCCCACCUACUUGCUGGCCUGGGGCGCCUGGCGCCUGCUCUCCACGCUGCUCCCCGCGCGCGUCUACCACGAGGUGGACGACCGAAUGUACAGCCUCUACCAGAGCAUGGUGCUCUUCUUCUUCGAGAACUACACCGGCGUGCAGAUAAUUCUGUAUGGUGAUUUGCCAAAAAAUAAGGAGAAUGUGGUAUAUAUAUCAAAUCAUCAGUGUACAGUUGACUGGAUUAUAGCAGAUAUGUUGGCCGUCAGGCAAAAUGCUCUGGGACACAUUCGAUAUGUUUUGAAAGACGGGUUAAAGUGGCUUCCUUUAUACGGGUGGUAUUUUUCUCAGCAUGGAGGAGUCUAUGUGAAACGAAGUGCCAAAUUUAAUGAAAGGAAAAUGAGGAACAAGUUGCAAGCCCAUAUAAAGGCUGGAACUCCAAUGUAUCUUGUGAUUUUUCCAGAGGGAACACGGUAUAACCCAGAGCUACCCAAAACCAUUGCAGAUAGUCAAUCAUAUGCUGAAAAGGCAGGACUUGCUGUGUUAAAACAUGUAUUGACUCCACGGGUGAAGGCUACUCACGUUGCAAUUGAUUCAAUGAGGACCUACUUAGAUGCAGUUUAUGACAUUACAGUAGCAUAUGAAGGUACCGUGGACCAGAAAGGACAAAGGAAAGUGGCUCCAGCCAUGACAGACUUCCUUUGUAAGGAGUGUCCAAGAAUCCAUAUUUAUGUUGACCGCAUUGCACUCAAAGAUAUUCCUGAAGAACGGAUGUAUAUGAGAAGAUGGCUUCACGAACGUUUUGAAAUCAAAGAUAAGUUGCUCAUAGAAUUUUAUGAUGCAAAAGAUUCUAAAAGAAGGAACAGGUUCCCUGGGAAAUGUGUCCGUUCCAAACUAAGUCUCAAGAAAACUCUGCCAUCUUUUCUGUUUUUAAGUGGGCUGACUGUUACUAUGCUGCUGACGGAAUCUGGACGAAAACUCUAUGUGAAAACAUGGAUCUAUGGAACUUUGCUUGGCUGUCUGUGGGUCAGCGUUAAAGCGUAAGGUUCUGCACCUACAGCCGGUGACAUUAUUCUCCUGUCUUGCACAUCACAUCAAACUCUUUCCUGAAUUUAUAAAAUGUAAAUAAAGCCUUAUUAAUGGAACAUUGGAUGAAUUCAGACUUGUGACCUAAAUCUGCCAUGGUCAGCGUGGAGAACAUGUAUAUGUAAUUAUGCUCCUGAUUCCCCCCCCCAAAGAAAAAGCAGCAUAGAGCUAGAAUUAUAAUGCAUUUUCCCUCUAUGGGUGGAUAUCUAUCUGCACAUGAUUUAAUAGAACAUGUGAUUAUAGAUAAACAGCUGAAUUGGACCUCUGAAUGUAUUUACUGAUAUUACUUUAGGUUUAUAUAUUUAUUCCUGACCCAUGUUCUUUAGUUCACUAUGGAAAUUAUCACAGCUGCAUCACAAACUAAAAACCAAAGCUAAUAUCUACCAACACAUUUGUUUCCUUUUUCCCCUUUUUUAAAUUGAGUUUCUCAAAUUUACAAAGCAAUUGGUAGAACAUGAAAAGCUAUUUUAAAAAAUAUAUGGGUAAAAACUCUUCAUGUGGAAAUUACUUUAACAUAUGCAUGAUUUAAUUAUAUGACUAGAUGGCUUAGUUUUUGUUUGCAACAUGUUUAAUUUUCUUCUCGAAGAGGCUUGUGUUCUUGAUUUAAAACACCCUGUGUUGGUGCAUAAAUGAUUUUAUAUAUACAGUAUGUUCAACUAGUAAGUCGAUAAUUGAGGCUGUCUUGGUUGUAACCUACCUAGAUUCGCAAAGAGCAUAUUGGUACAUUUCAGCUACACAAUUAGUUUAAGUCAUAAUACGUGUGCCAUAAACAGGAGUGCACAUUGCAGUUUCCUAUUACCACAGGAGCACUUCACACGGGGUGUUUUGUCCACAAAGAAAAUGAUCGCUUUUAUAAGGAGAAACCAUAUAGUGUUACUUGUGACUAUUUUGCUGUGAAUACACCAGUCGGGAAACAAGUGUUGGUAAAACAUUGACUUGUGUGAAGUGGUCCUGAGCCAUAUGGAACCAAAUGAAUGCGCCAUGCUAUGAUUGAUGCUGCUGUGCAGCUUGGAGUAUAUUUUAUGGUAACAAGGAACAUCAAUGUGUUCUUGCCAAAAUGUAGACUAUGUGCCUUUUUAAUCUGCUGAUCUUCAAUUUAACCUAAUACUUCACAGCCUGGUCCUUUAACACUGUAAUUUUGGGGUAUUUCCAAAGCUUUUCACAGUUGGUGUGCACUUGAACUUGAAGUAUGCAGUUUUGCACUGUAGAAUAAUAGUGAGAGAUGCAUAUUCUAUUAGUAUUUAAUCCACUCACCAAUGUGUUUUGUAAGAACCAGUGGUUCUUGUUGCUAUUUGGUGAUAUAUUGGGAAAGUAUUUCCUGUUGUCAUGGGGCUAAUUAUUCUGUAUCAACUAAGGGAAGGGAUUCUAUUUCGUAUCUAUUAUUUUGUAAAAACAAAACAAAAAAUCAAGAUUCCACUAUCAAAAUGGGAAAAGAUUAGAGGCUAUUUUUAUCUUUCCGAAUUUUUUUCACAAGAGGUUUCUGUUGGCCUUGGAAUUGUUUAAGAGCCAACAUGAACUAAAAUGCUUGUCUUGGAUUUUUUAAAAUAUUAAAUGUGUUUAGCUUCAGGUAUGAGUAAGAAACAACUUGUUCUUGUGUGUUCUCCUGAAAUUGUAUAGUGUACUUCAUUUCAGAUGUUCAUCUACUUUAGGCAUCCCCAAACUGCGGCCCUCCAUAAUGUUUUGGCCUACAACUCCCAUGAUCCCUACCUAACAGGACCAGUGGUCAGGGAUGAUGGGAAUUGUAGUCCAAAACAUCUGGAGGGCCACAGUUUGGGGGUGCCUGAUCUACUUCAUUAUUCUGCCUUCUGGUUACUAGGGCAGACUUGCUGGUUAAUGGAAUAAUCUAUGGAAGAACAAUGUGUUGGGGUUGUAGCCUCUGAGAAAGGAUAUGCUAUCUAUCUCUGUGUCCUAGACCUGCAGAAUUGUCUUCCAGUUUUACUGUAAAGCUUAUUUUGUUAAUGGUUUGCCUAUCAAACAGACCAGAAACCUAUGGGUAUCUUUCAACUCUACAACUAAAACAAGCUGCUUAAAUUUAACGAGGCAGAACAAUUCUUUGGAAGUUGAACAGAAACAUUUUAACUGUUCACAAAUUCCAGAUUAUCUGGGACACAAAUCAUCUCCUUCAAGAAGCUUUAUUUUAAACUUAGUAUCUUUGGCAAGUUGAUGUAGCUUCCCCCAUGAUUUGUUUAUUUAAAAAUUGCUAUUAAUUUGAGGCAUUGGCUGCUAUUUCAGAACAUAACUAGAUAUUGACAUAUAAUUUUUUUUAAAAGCAGUAUGGCAACCUCCUGCCUGUUACUAUUGUUUCUGAACUUUUAGACUUUUAAUACCUUACUCUAUGUAGGCAGGUCACCACUAACCUUAAAUGUAAAUUGGGUGAGUGAAUAUAACUUUAUUGGAUGCCAUGCUGCUACAGCAGUUGAGACACAAGUUUUCACCCGCAGGGUUGUAAUUCUGCAAAACCAGAGAAGAUGCACACCCUUCAGACCUUCACGCUGAAUGGCUCUAUUGAUGAAGAGGGCCUUUGUAAGAGAACAAAACUAAGGGCAGACAAUGUGAUUGUCCCUUUGCCUGGCAGGAAUGCUAGAACUGAAUCGCCUAAUUUUGAUGGAGCAUUUAUUUGUGGCAAGGAGUAAGCAAGGCCACAUUCCACAGGUAGCCAUAGAAACAUAAGAGUCACUUCCUCAUGGUGCGAUCUCAGGCUGCAGAAGUUUUUGUGAAUCAAGGGACCAUUAGAUUGGCAACACUGAGCAGGAGCAAAGUGAUUGGGUAUGAAAGAUGCACAUAAUUAGCCCCACCCAUAUGGUGAGUUGACCCUCAUGCUUCUCACUAGCGUGGGGUUACACCAUGAGGAAGCAAGUCUCACACCUUUGCAGUUUUAAAGGUAUGAAUACUAUUGGCAACUUGGAGUACAGUUGACUUAGUUGCCUGUUCUGCUCUGGAUAUUCCACUGGAUAAAUCUUAGUACUUUUGUAUUUCACAUCUAUUUAAAAAAAGAAAAAAUGGCUGUGAAAACUUCAGAAGUCACUUUGCCUGAGACCCCUGGUUCGAAUCUGCUUAAAUUCCUUUGAGUAUCACAAAGGCAUAAUUAGAAAGGGGGUUGUAAAUGUGCAAUGAAAAUAGGCUCCUUUGAAAAUGAUUUCCCCCCCCCCCCUGCCAGCAUUACUCGAUAAUAGUUGUGUUCACCAUAAUUCAUUUUGCUGAUUGGUGUUUCUGGUUUGGUCUCAGUUGUUGUGGAAGAGUUUCACUCCGUAAAUGGUUUCGAAUAACGCACAUUUAUAUGUGCUGGCUGGUAAUAAGUUCAAACUGCAAACUGUGUUGCAAAAGCAGUGAGGCAAGAGACAAAAGUACCAAAGAGCGGUUUGGUGAUUUUGCAUUUGUCGAAAGUCUCUAUUUUGAAUUGGGGUAAUUAUGUAGUUCACAGAAAUGUUUCUUGCAGCUCACAUAAAUAUUUCUUUGGGAAAUGAACUGGCAGCUUCUCUUGUCAGUUUAAAUGUGAAAUCUCUCUCUCUCAUGAAAGGGUUAUGAUCUGUGCUUAUGGAAGAGGUACUGUUUGUUCACAUUAUGGAAACUUAAAGAGCUGAUGCCAGGAUUAAAUUAAACAUACAUUCCAGUAGAAACCUCUUUGAAGGAUUAUUUUAUUGAUUUUAAAUGUGUGUGAUCAUAAGUAAAUAUUGAAACUGGAACAAA